AUGACUGAUCCAUUGAAAUCCGUGAGUGAUGUAGGCAGCGUGGCAGCCGCCAUCUCUGAAAGGGUCUAUACAAUUGCUGGUAUCUCAGUAACGGUCUUCGGACUGGAAGAGCUCCGCAAAGAGGCCUCGGAGGUCGCAUGUCUCUGGCUUCUUCACCCCAGAUUAGCCACCCAAGAGCGCAUGACUAGCAUUGCCAAUUCCGCCAUUACCGACUGGAACACGAGAAACCAGGACACCCCUACGGCCAAGGGCCUGAUUGCCGUCUCGUUCGACCAGAGAAACCAUGGUACCCGGCUGGUCGACCCUCUCGGAAAUGAAUCUUGGAAAAAGGGGAACCCCAGACAUGCCCAGGAUAUGUUCUCCAUCUUCCAGGGCACUGCAAGAGAUACAUCAGUGCUCAUGGACUACCUUCCCUCCUACAUAUUCCCCAGCGGCGAGCACAAGAUCACCCAGAAUCUAGUUCUAGGAGUCUCGCUGGGAGGACACGCAGCAUGGAGCUGUCUACUGCACGAGCCUCGAGUCACCGCCGGAGUUGUCAUCAUCGGCUGCCCGGACUAUAUCAAUCUGAUGGCAGACCGCGCACGGCUGUCGAAGCUGCCAUCAUGGACUAAGAGUGAUCCACCUGGCGCCGACGUCCUUGGCUCGGAAGCCUUGCCGACUUCUUUCCUAGAGACCGUCAGCCGAUAUGAUCCUGCCAGUAUGAUGCUGAAGCAUGUGGAUUGCGGGCCAUUGACUGGUCCUUUGCGCGAAGGUCCGUUGCCUCAGCCUUCAGAGAGCGAGCAGAAGGUGCUGCGGCCGAUUUUGACUCAUGCCUUGGCUGGCAAGCGUAUUUUGAAUCUGUCUGGCGCCAAGGACAAGCUUGUUCCCUAUCACCGUGGAGAACUGUUCCUCAACUGGCUCAAGCAGAGUAUCUCAUCCGAUGGGUGGUUCGGUGAUGGCGGGGUGCACUUUGAAGAUAUCAUUGACGAAUCGGCAGCCCAUGAGGUCACUGCUAAGAUGGCUGACGAGGCUGUUCGGUUUAUCAGUGAGACGUUGGCCGUGGGUCCCGAUCAGGGGGGUCGACGAGGUUCGGUGCGAGAGUCGAAGAUCUGA